AUGGCCAGCCUGAAGACCCUGCUCCUGGCUGCCCUUGUCUUUCUUGCUCUGACACUUCAAGCAACUGAGGCAGGUCCUUAUGGCGCCAACGUGGAAGACAGUAUCUGUUGCCGGGACUACUUCCGUCACCCUCUGCCCCCGCGCAUGCUGAAGUUUUUCUACUGGACCUCAGACUCGUGCCGGAGGCCUGGCGUGGUCUUCCUAACUGUCAAGGACCGGGAGAUCUGUGCUGACCCCAGAAUGCCCUGGGUGAAGAAGAUUCUCCAGAAACUGGACUCAUGA